AUGAUUAAAUUUCUGCAAUUGAACCUAAAUCGAUGCGAAGCUGCCCAAGACCUUUUAUCCCAAACAGCUUUGGAAUUAAAGACAGAUGUACUCAUAAUUAGUGAGUUUUACAAAUCAAAAGAAACCUCCAAAUGGGUACAAGACACUACUGCAAAGGCUGCCAUUUGGCUAGGACAGGACAUAGUGUUUGAACCAAGAGUAUUGAUACAAAAAGAAGGUCUAGUACUUGUCAGAAUCCGGGGUAUCUAUGUGUGCAGCUGUUACAUAUCCCCAAAUAUCUCCCAAGAGAGAUUUGAAGAGUUUCUUGAUAGGCUAUCAGGAACAAUCAGAAACAAAACUCCCAUCAUUGUGGCAGGGGAUUUCAAUGCUUGGGCAGUAGAAUGGGGCAGUAGUAAUACGACGCGCCGAGGUAGAGCCCUAUUAGAAACGUUUACCUCACUAAACCUAAUACAACUGAACAAUGGGCAUAGCCCAACGUUCGAUAAUGGUAGAGGCGUUUCCUACAUAGAUCUCACCUUUGUCAGCCCGUCAUUAGUAAGGGGUUCGCAAUGGAAUGUAACAAACCACUACACCCACAGCGACCAUCAUGCAAUUCUUUUUUCCUUAUCGCUAAAAGAGAAGUUUGUUUUGAAAAAAUCGCAGAGAAAAGCACAGCAAAUAGGCUGGAAAACUAAGUAUCUUGACACAGAGAUAAUGGAAUUCAUGACCGAAAACAUGAGUUUCGGAGUCGGGGAUGCUUUUGAAAAAUCAAGUCACCUUAUGAAGGAAUUAUGCAACGUCUGUGAUGCAUCAAUGCCAAGAAAAGGCAGAGGUAAUGGGCGCCCAUCAAACUAUUGGUGGACGGAAGAAAUAGCUUUACUAAGAUCUCAGUGCUUUGCCUCCCGUAGGCAAUUCCAACGUCACAGAUCUGGAGUAGAUGCGGAAAGGCUUCUACAAAAAUACCGAGAGAGCAGAUCUAAACUUAAAAAGGCAAUUAUUAGGAGUAAGAAUCAAGCUUUUCAAACUCUGAUCAAUGAUGUAGACCAAAAUGUCUGGGGCGAUGGCUACAAAAUAGUAAUGCGUAAAUUUAAGAGGUUAAGAGGCUCGGUACCUUCAUGUCCUAAAAUAAUGGCGAAUAUCGUGAAACAUUUGUUCCCAAAAAAGGGAAUUUUAAUACCGAUAAACACCGAUUUAAAUGAGAUACCUCCGGUUACAAAUUCUGAAGUCAUAGCCGCUUCUUCCAGAGUUAAGCCCAAUAAAUCUCCUGGUUUGGAUGGAAUCCCCAAUACUGUACUGAAGAAGAAGGCUGACGGAAGCUUUACGGAAAGCCUGGAAGAAACAGGACAGCAUUUGUUGGACACUCAUUUUUCAGGCUGUGCCAUGUAUACUGAGACUACGGAAACCAUCGAGGAUACUCGUUUCUUGUUGGUUACAGGAAGAGGUCUUUCACUGGCUCGUAAAAUCUUUACAGUCAAUAAAACUAAAUGGGCCAUUUCCACAUUCAGCCCGUUUAAAUCACCGGGUAUCGACAAUAUACAACCGUGUCUUCUUCAGAAUGGCGUUGAUAUAUUAGCACCGAUAUUAACAAAUGUAUUUGGGAUAAGUCUAGAGCUAGGCGUGAUACCUAAAUACUGGACGAAGGCUAGGGUGGCUUUCAUACCGAAAGCAGGCAAAAAGGCGGACCACACGCCAAAAGCAUUUCGACCCAUUUGCCUAACAUUUUUCCUGCUUAAAGCGAUGGAGAAGAUUCUAGAUAAAUACAUCAGGGAAGUCUACAUUAAAGCUUCACCUUAA